AUGUCUACGAUUAAUAGUUUAGGAGAUAAGGUGUGUUCCGAGAGUAGUGCUAGUGAGUCUUCAUUGGAAUCAUCGAGCGGUUACGGCAGUCAAGGCGCCUUUGCUGGCGACGAUCACGCGGCUCAUCUUCAGCAGCAGCACGCAGACGUGGAAUCUGAGAUUGUGACCUUGCGUCGGGAUAGCGAGGCGUCGGUCGCCGCUGCCCGUGAGAGUUUCUCUAUAUCCCUCGGGAGCUUGGAAGAGGCGGUCAGAAGUCUGGACGAGGCAUGCGAGAGUCCGUCCUUCGCCACUAUCGGGAAGAAACCGGCGGUGCCUAAGCGGCGGCCGGUGUCGAUGACGGCAUCAGUAUGGUCCCGUCGCGGCAGCUCUAGUUCGCUGGGCAAGCCGCCGCCACCUGUACGCCGUUCAUCUUCUAUAUCAAGGCCUCAACGACCACCAUACGUACAGGGUAACGCAGCUCAGCAUAUGGUUCCGACGGACGCGGAUAAUUUACCACCACCACCGGCUUUCCUAUUACAACCCGAGAACGAUACUAAUACGGCUCACACAGGUAUAAAUGUGGCAGAAACUGUUAAACAACUGACAGAGUUGAAACACAUGCCCGCCUCCCCCGGCCUAGUCCGCCGGAGUCUUCAACAGAUGCAGAACCAGAACCAGAACAACGCGAACACACCGCUCAGCACAUUCCAUCAGAGCAAGUACUCGUCUAACACCAGCUUGAACAGCACCGGCAAUCUGAACCCUAUAUACGGGCAGACGGGUCACCGUAUAAUGACUUACGUUGAAAACUCUGUAUACGUAAGGAAGAACAGCUUGAAUAGCUCCAAUCAGGAUCUCUUUAGAGAUGGCAAUACAGGUGGUUCAUCACACGGGUCGAGCCCAUCGACGCCCAGUUACGGCGAGAACAAUUCGUUCACCAGUUUCGGACCCCGAAUUAACAACGAUUCACACUAUGGACAAACAGGUUUCAAGCUCCAACAGGAGAAGAAGUACGGUCAGAGCAACAGUAUAUACGCGCAGCCGGUGGCGCGCCGCGACCCCCUCAGCCCGCUGGCCGCGCGUCGCGACAGGGAUGCGCGCGCGCACAGUGCCGACCGGCACGAUCAGAGCGGUCUGAUAGCCAGCUUGAGCGCAAAGCUGGCCCCUCAGCUGUCACCUAGAACGACAAGACGAGCGAUCUCGACCAUCACUGCGGCAGAUUCACCGCCCAAAUCUAAAGGCUCUCUACAGACGGCCGUCCAGCCAGCGUUUCUAGAUAAACUAUCUGCCACCAUACAACAGCAGCGGCGGCAGCUAGACUCGCCGCGCGCCAGUACCGUGCGCGAUUUGAUUAACGCACACGCUCAGGAGCUAGGUCCUCCUCUCCGCAAAAGACCGCGCGUGAACAUAUAG